GAGCAGCGACAAUGUUUAACGCACCGUGCGGUGUCCGGACUUCAGUCAGUGAGAGGAGGCGCUCUCUGUGGUUCAGCUGCCACUACGUGUUGACAAUAGCAAGCUUGUAGGUGAAUAGAUACAAACGGUAAACUGCAUCAACAAAUCAGUCCAUUUUUGACAGCUACAGAAAGACAUGUGCCAGAAUGCGCCAUUCUUUCUGACCACCUUGAGCUGCCCGCGUGCGGACUUUUGACGGGGACGCGCCACAAGGACAACAUGCCACGGAGAGCAGGAACUCAGAGAUGAGUCGGACUUGAAAGAAAACCUCUGAUCGUCUUUUAAACACCUGCUUUGGAUCUACAUUUUCACUCGUGGGGAUGUUUUUUCUUCUUCUCUCUUUUCUCUCCUGUCUUUUCUUCACAAUAGUUUUCCUUCCUGAAGAACGGUGACUCACUGCAGGCAGAAGGAGAGACGCUGCAUCCUAAUCAGACAGCAGAGAGGAUUUCAGCUCAUUGACAUUACAGUCAUACUUUGGAGGACUUUUUAUCCCCCUUCAAUUUGCGCUGUUCUGUACUGUCGCGUGCAUGCGCUUUUGAGGCUUGUGACUAUUUUUGCGCACAGAAAAGGAGGAUGCGGGUGGGAGAAGUGGUGUGAGGAUGAAACUCUCCCUGAGCCCCACUGGAAAUGACUGUUAUAUUUUUUUGCGGUCUCUUUUACUAUCUUGAACUGAUAGAGGAGUGUCUGAAGGUGGUAUGAUUGAAUACUUACAACGAGAAUUCUGUUUGGAGACUGGGACACGAUUAUUGUUUAGUUGAGUCUGGGUGCUCAGCUGAAUAUAAAUUAGGUGUUCAGCACCAGAGAUUGCUUGCAGAGGAAGAGAGCAACGAAGCCAAGACAAUCUUCAAAGAUAAAUGCCGAGGCCUCACACGAUGAACGGGACUCUUUAUUUCAACUGGAGAAUUAGAAAUACCAAAUUUUAACAAAACAGCAACAGGUUAAAGGAAGUGCAAACCUUGCACACAUAUAAGUAGCUUUUACAGUGUGGAGAUGCAUCUUUCCAUUUUCUUUUUUCUCCUUUUGUGGGCUCAAGCCCAGACACUGAAAAACUUGAAUUACUCGGUCCCGGAGGAACAGGGACCAGGGACAGUGAUUGGGAAUAUUGCCAAAGAUGCCAGGCUUGGACUGGAACAGAUUGGGCAGGGAGGACAGGGUAAGAAAGCCAACUUCAGGGUGCUGGAGAACUCUGCACCUCAUCUCAUUGAUGUGGAUCCCCAAAGUGGAUUGUUGUACACUAAGCAGCGCAUUGACAGGGAAACAUUGUGUAAAAGAAACCCAAAGUGCCAGCUCUCCAUGGAAGUGUUUGCCAAUGAUAAAGAGAUAUGUAUGAUAAAAAUAGACAUUCAGGACAUCAACGACAACUCACCUGUUUUCCCCUCGGAUCAGAUUGAUAUUGACAUUUCUGAAAAUGCAGUGCCAGGAACACGGUUUCCCCUGACCAGCGCACAUGACCCAGAUGCUGGGGAAAAUGGCCUAAAAACCUAUCAAAUUACGCGUGAUGACUACAACCUCUUUUCCUUAGAGGUAAAAUCCAGAGGGGAUGGGACAAAAUUUCCAGAAUUAGUCAUACAGAGACCACUGGACCGAGAAGAACGAAGUCAUCACACCCUUAUUUUGUCGGCUACUGACGGCGGGGAAUAUCCUCGAUCUGGAACCAUGCAGAUAAAUGUUAAAGUUAUUGACUCCAAUGACAACAGCCCUGUGUUUGAUCCACCCUCAUAUGUUGUGGAAAUUCCAGAAAAUUCAACUCCUGGUAAAGUCUUGAUUGAUUUAAAUGCCACUGAUCCUGAUGAGGGAAACAACGGUCAAAUAGUCUACUCUUUUAGUGGUUAUGCCCCCGAGAGAAUCAGAGAACUCUUUUCCAUUGAUUCCAGAACAGGAGUCAUAAAAAUUCAGGGUGAAAUUGACUACGAAGAGAGCCCGGUUAUUGAGAUUGACGUUCAGGCAAAGGAUCUUGGUCCCAAUCCAAUCCCAGGCCAUUGCAAAGUCACAGUUAAAGUGCUUGACAGGAAUGAUAAUUGGCCGUCCAUAGGCUUUGUGUCUGUGCGACAGGGAGCCAUCAGUGAAGCUGCACCCCCAGGCACAGUUAUUGCUCUGGUUCGUGUCACAGACAAGGACUCAGGCAGGAAUGGCCAGCUUCAGUGUAGAGUACUGGGUAAUGUCCCAUUUAAACUUGAGGAGAACUAUGAUAACUUCUACACUGUGGUGACAGAGAGGCCCCUGGACAGGGAAAUGCAGGAUGAGUACAAUGUCACAAUAGUAGCUAAGGAUAAUGGCAUUCCUCCACUAAAUUCUACAAAAUCUUUCACUGUCAAGAUUCUGGAUGAGAAUGACAAUGUGCCUCGCUUCACCAAAUCAGUAUACAUUCUCCAAAUCUCAGAAAACAACAUUCCUGGAGAGUAUUUAGGUUCUGUUCUGGCACAUGACCCAGACCUUGGACAAAAUGGGACAGUUUACUACAGUAUUGUUAACUCCAAUGUCAGCGGCGGGGAUGUUAACACCUAUGUUAACGUAAAUGCAGCCAAUGGAGCCAUCUACGCUGUAAGAUCUUUUAACUAUGAGCAGAUAAAAUAUUUUGAUUUUAAAGUUCUCGCUAAAGAUGCAGGAUCUCCACACCUUGAGAGCAAUGCUACUGUCCGCAUCAGCGUUCAAGAUGUCAAUGACAACAUUCCCGUUAUAGUUUUGCCGCUCCUUCAAAACGACACUGCUGAAAUCCAUGUUCCACGAAAUGUUGGUGUUGGCUACAUUGUUACCACAGUGAGAGCAGUGGAUAAUGACUAUGGUGAAAGUGGAAGGCUCACCUAUGAAAUUUCAGAUGGCAAUGAGGAGCACCUCUUUGAGAUCGACCCAGUUACUGGGGAGGUGCGAACAGCCCAUUCCUUCUGGGAGGACGUAAGCCCUGUUGUGGAGCUAAUAAUCCGAGUGUCGGACCACGGCAAGCCAACACUAACUGCUGCCGCUAGACUCAUAAUUAAGGCUUCCAAUGGACGGCCUCCUGACGGACUGCCCCACAUCAAAGACAAUCAGAAUUGGGACACUUCUCUGCCUCUUAUUGUAACUCUAAGCAUCAUAUCUCUCAUGCUUCUGGCUGCCAUGGUGACCAUAGCAAUCAAGUGCAAACGGGAAAACAAGGAAAUACGUACUUAUAACUGUCGCAUUGCAGAAUACUCACACCCUCAGCUGGGGAAAGGCAAGAAGAAGAAGAUAAACAAGAACGACAUCAUGCUGGUGCAGAGCGAGGUGGAGGAGCGGGAUGCCAUGAAUGUGAUGAAUGUGGUAAGCAGCCCUUCCUUGGCCACCUCUCCCAUGUACUUUGACUACCAGACACGCCUGCCACUCAGCUCACCAAGGUCAGAGGUCAUGUACCUCAAGCCCACUACCAAUAACCUCAGCGUGCCCCAAGGCCACGUGGGAUGCCACACCAGCUUCACAGGCCCAGUCACCAGCACUACAGACACACCUACUAACCGCAUGUCCAUCAUACAGACGGACAAUUUCCCCACCGAGCCUAAUUACAUGGGCAGCAGACAGCAGUUUGUUCAAAGUAGUUCCACAUUCAAAGACCCGGAGCGAGCGAGUCUUAGAGACAGCGGUCAUGGGGACAGUGACCAGGCUGACAGUGACCAGGACACCAACAAAGGCUCAUGCUGUGAUAUGUCUGCAAAGGAAGCCCUCAAGCUGAAGGCUGUGGGUGUGAAACCACCACCUCUGGAGCAAGAUGAGGAUUGUGUGAAUUGCACAGAAGAGUGCAGAGUACUGGGUCAUUCUGACCGCUGCUGGAUGCCACAGUUCCCUGCUGGUGGAAACCAGGCAGAGGGCAUUGACUACCGCAACAAUAUGUUUGUGCCCGCAGGGAUGGAGACUGUGCCCGAGACUGAGACCUAUGAGGCUGUCAAUCCCAACGGCAAGAAAACAUUCUGCACUUUUGGCAAAGACAGACGUGACCAUACCAUCCUCGUUGCAAAUGUCAAACCCUACCUGAAAGCAAAACGUGCCCUCAGCCCUCUUCUUCAAGAAGUUCCCUCUGCAUCUACCAGUCCCAGCAAGGGCUGCUCUACAAUGUCUCCCUGUUCCGCAGUCAAAAGCCCAGCAGAUGGGGCUGAGGGAAAACCUCCCCCUGCGUCUUGCUCUGGCCACUACGGGCCUCCCGAUGGUCAGUUCCUCUCUCCGACUAAACAAACAAGAGACCAGCUGAUUUACCCAUCCCUACCCCCCUCAGACCCGGUGGCAAAGGUGCUGGCUGAGGCCCGCUCACGGAUCAGUCAGGAAGCAGCAGCUGAAAUGGAGUGCGUCCUAGAGCAGGCUGAGCCGAACGUGAGCCGCGAUGGUAUGGACGCUGAACAAGUGGUGAGGGACAUCGACAAACUAUUGCAAGACUGUAGAGGAAGUGAGGCCACCGGCACGCUCAGGAAGUGAUAUAUUAAGCCGUAACUAAGGUCAACGUGGAUGCAGAGAGUCGGAAGGGAUGGCAUCCCAAGAACUCUCAUGAGAAAGACUCACCAAAAUGAAUUGAAAAUGUUCAAUGGCUCUUAACAUUGGGGCUCUUUUCACUAUAUUUGUUGUAUAAAACUACCAAUACUGGACUGUCAAUACACUUUCGUAUGUCAGCCACCUGGCACUGGUUUUUGUGCUACCCAACCAAUCUAAAGGAACUGACUUCUGAAUUUUUUGACUUUUCUUUUGGAUUUUUAAGCUAAUUGCUGAGGUUUUUACCUCUUGCACCUCGCAAGCUCUUAUCUAAGUGCCCACCAGCUCAUAAUGUGUGUUGUUCAUGGUCUCUCGUGGAAUCCGACAUAUCUCAGUUUGUGUAGGUGUAUUUUUUUUGUUAUGUGUGAUGGAUACUGAAACAGCGAGGGAGAAAAAAAAGACGUUUUACUGUCAAAUGUGACAAUCGAUGUGGAAACAGAGAAAUACAUGAUAAUCUCUUCAGGACACCAAAAAAAACAAACAAAAACAAGCCGAAACACACAGCUCAUUUUUUUCUCAACUUAACACACUUUUAAGUGCUCAGCGUCAACAGGUCCUGUAGCAGAAGAGAUCGGUCAGUCAGGAAUAAGUUUGCAGAAGGUUAAUAUUAACAGUGUAACCAUGUUUUACCUGUCAUUUGUAACACGUGUAAACUGUGUCUGUCUCUUACACCUCUAUUUAAAUGUUCAUGUUUCUGAGUAAUGUAGUGGCACGCAUCAAUUUUACACGUGCGCUACUUUGUUGCUGACCUGCUCAUAAGCACCGACACCCUGCCACAACACAGAUACACGCACACACUACAGUUACACACAAUAAACAUCUGUGAUUUGUCUUAUACAUGUUCAUCAUCAGCUUCUAGUCCCUUGUGUACAGUGAAAUAUCAUGUGUGUGACAAUGCCCGAAGGCAAUCACAAGUUGUAUAAAAAGGGAUAUUUUUCCUCAACUGUGAAAAGACAUCUAUAUGAUUAUAUAGAUUACUGUAUGUAUGACUCCAUGUAUAGUGUCCAAAUAUUAACAGAAUAUUUAUACAUUUUCUAAGAAAAAAAAGAGGAAUCUCAGCAAAAUGUGUCCUGGAGUUAAGGUCGCGUGAGUACUAACUCAAAGAACUGCAAAGGACACUGCCAUUCUUUUGAAGACAAAUAUCCAAAAAACACAAGUAAACAAGGAAAUGUCCCUUCACAUUAUCACUAUACAUAAUAUCAUUAUGUGUGUAUAUGUAUCUAUCCAAUUUAGAUGUGUUUACAUAAAAAAUUGACAUAUUUUUUAUUGAUUUCAUUGCAAUUUCUGUGCAUUUGAGCCAAAAUGUUACGUGUACAAAAGCUAUAUUGUGUAUUUUAUUAAAUUAAUAUAUUGUUGUGUUGCAAUAUACAUGGGCUUAUAUUGUAUUUGGCAAAAGUUGCCUUAGUAGCUGUCGAACUCUGUGAGUUUGCUUUAGUUUGGGAUUUUUCUUUUUCUUUUUUGGUGUUUCCUUUUUCAUCUCUAUUUCUGCAUCUUUGCAGGCUGGCUUCAAUGCUUUUUACCCUAAUGCCCCGCUGGAUCAAAGACAAUAACUCCUUAAAGCUUAAUGAACCAGCUGAUCUAGAAAAAAAAACAAUUCAAACCAACAACAAAAAGCAACAAUUGCAAGAAAACAGUCUAAAUAUUUUUACUGAGCAGAUUUUUAAAGGGCAGCUAUUUUCUUUAACAGUAACCAGUCAGUGUAUUUUUUUUUCUUUUUUGUUUAUAAUGUUUUUACUUUCUUUUAAAAGAAAAAAUGAAACCUGCCAUAUGGAAAGCGGAUCGAUUUCCUUGGUGAUCAUAAAAUUGCCUUACUGUCUCUGCAGAGAGCUUGUUGUAUCUGUGGAGCCUUGUGACUGCUUAUAAAACCCUGGUCCACCAGAAUGUGCAUUUUCUAUAAAGGACCAAAAGAGGUUUUGUUCUUUUCAGCAGUCGGUGUUGUUUAUGUCUGUACUCAAUACAUGUUAGGAAGCUCAUACUUUGCAGAUGAACUUGAGACCAGAUUUUUUUUUCCUUUUGGGGUGGUUUUGAUGUCUUUGCUCUGUUGCUAUAUGGUUUUUAUGACCAGACAUCUGUCAUUCAGGCUUUCUUAAAAAAAAAAAAAAAAAAUACAGAACCUUUAUUUUUGGAAAUUUUGACACCUUUCAGACACUAUAGUGUGAGAUGUUUUUUUAAUACUCUCUGACAGUGAAAUACACCAAACAUUAGGUUAUUAGAUUGGAGGUCUUUUGGAUAAUAUGACUACAAUCACCAAAUCUGUUACGUACAGCUAUGGGGGGGAACAGUGACUUACCACUAUGUGGCUCUGAAACUAAGUUGAGCUGGAAUUUCAACAAUAGAAGAAGCACCAUUAUUUCUUUUGUUGUUGACACAUUACUGUUUUCACAUUUCUUCUCAUGUUUCUUCUUUGACACUGAAGAGUAAGCUUAGGCACCUAUGCCGGUCUUCUCGUCCGUGCCAUUUAGACUUCUUUUUUUGGGAUUUUGCUUGUUGCAGAUUUCUUUUUAUUUUUUAUUUUUUUGAGAAAAACCUAACCUAAGAGUCAAGGCUUUUCACUUCCAUUCUGUAUAUACAUACUCCUAUCAGGAGCACCCCUGAAUAUGCUUACAGACGGGAUUUGCUGCAAGCUAACAAAUGUGUUUGUCUGUGUGCGUUCGACGUGCACUUUUGUUUUUAUAUCUUUGGGGAUCAUUUAUAAAAAUCAGCUUUGACAAACCUAUAAAUAAAGUAACCAAGGACUGUUUUUAUGGAGUUUUUUGGGGAGCCAAAGAUUUCAAUAAGUUGUAAAUAUGACCUUUAAUUUGUGUUUGGGUUAUGUGAUGAGCAUCUUGUCAGCAAAAAUGAGAGCAUCCCCGCAGAGAUAUUUAAACAAACCUGCAUUCUUUUUUCCCCUUUUUAUCUAAACGUUUAAUAAAUUAUCUUCUUUUCAUCUUCAUCUUGCAUGAAAUCACACUUUUUUUGUUUUACCCUUUUUCCAUUGACAGAGGCAUGCAUGUGCAUUUUUGUUUCAUCAGAAAUACUUUUCAAGCAGCAAAACAUUUACCACAGCUGUUGCUAUUAACAGCUAAACUCAGCAAAACAAGCAAAAGUAUCAAAAGAAAACUGGCUGAAAAUCAGGUUUCUUAAAAUUAUAGAUCUAUAUGUGUCUAGAUUUCUGUGCUAGAAAAAUUGUCAAAGGAAAAUCCUGCAUGUGAUCAAAAGCUGGCAUAUCUGCUGACCUACAAAUCACAUGGCAGGUCCAAUUGUGACGAGUGAUUUGGUCAUCCUUUAAGCAGCAAAAUCAUUUUAAUUUGUAUACAUUUGAAGCAAAAUCAUUAGUUUCCUGUCAACUUUAAAUUCAAUCUGGCUAGUUUGUCAACCCAAUUUACAAUGCAUACGAACAGCUGAAAAUAUGUUUGCAAUUAAUUUUGUUCUAAAAACCUUAAACACUGUUCUCUGUAUUCCUUCUGAUUCUAUUGCUUUGAUCAUCUACAAAAAAAGUUAAUUUUUCUAAACCCUUAUUUUGACAUGAAUAUUUGAAUGUUUUGCUCUGACAGACUGCGGUCAUUCAUUCAUUUCCACUAUUUUACCAGCUCCAGUACUGUUGCCAAGCGGUUGACAUCAGUGACAUGGCUCUCAUGCCCUUUCUUACAAAAACGGUGCAAAGGUCAUCCCUCAGUUUUGUCUUUCCACUUCAUAAUCUUUCUGCCACCAAUAGUCCCAGCUCAAAGCACUGUCCGCUCUUAUAGUCCCUGGGUCCGGGCACCAUCGUCACAUCCCAAACUAAGGCAUAAAGAAAUGAGCGGCUAGAAGGAAUUCUCUAAAGCCAUGCACACCCCCCCCCCCCCCCCCUUCUCUCAGGCUAUUUGCUGUUUAAUAGAGCAGAAGCUGCUGUUAAGGCCAACACAUAGUUUGGCUUUACAAGUUUAGAGAUUGACCAUAAUGCGAGGCCUCUCAUUAUUAGAUAAUUACUCCUUGGCAUUGUACACAUUUGGCAGUGAUUUACUCAAGCCAGCAGUGGUGUACUUUCCGCCCACUGGAGACUGUUGGCUUCGCCGUGUGAUUAGGGAAAAGGCCUCGCUGAAUGUGGCUAACCAACUUUGGUCUCUCCUUCAUGCAAGUGUGCACAGGCCCACGCAGUUACUGCUUUACAUACACGUAGAGGCGCCAUGCCUUUUUGGUUAGUUAAAGCAAGCACCCAGUUUGUGUCAGUGUUGUGCUCUCAUGCCAGGUCCCCACUGCUAGCAUAUGGCUCCACGCUACAAAUGGGCAGUUGAUGAAAAACUCCAGAGGAAUUCAUUUGUAUGGAUUAUUUCAACUGCUGUUGUCUAAAAGCUGUGUUCAUUGUGAUCUAUAUGGGAAAAAAAACAAAAAAAACUCAAAAGAUCUAAUAAAUAAAGCAAUUGCUAAUAA